AUGAAUAUAGAUUACUUGUGCCACUGGGUACUUUUGCCACUACUGCGCUGUCCGCUACUGAUUUAUUUUGCAUUGAGACGUUCCCCGAGUGACUCAAUAAAAUUUUGUUUGAUAGUUUAUACAGUACUAGUAAACUCCUUUCUCGUUAUCAAUUCCUAUAUAAAACGAUCAGGACACACCACCUGGAAGAGUCUCCAUGAAUUUGAAAAUGGCAAAGUUCUUGUAACUGGGGGAAGUAAAGGACUUGGACGGGCUAUAAUAUCUCAGCUCCUACGAGAUUAUAGUGACCUGAUCAUCUUGAAUGUCGACAUAUGUCCAUCACCAUCGGAAGACCCUCGCGUGAAAGACCUGAUUUGCGAUUUAAGCGAUGAGCAUGAAGUCACAUCAUUAAUGCACAUACUGAAAAGAAAGUAUAAAAAGGAAAUCCAGUUGAUUGUGAAUAAUGCUGGGGUGAGGGCAAAAUUUACUGAUUUCAACUGCAUGGAACGGGAUAAUCUUGAUAAACUGUUCAAAAUCAAUACAUUUGCACCUGUUCGAUUCAUCCAAGAAUUGGCACCGGGCAAGCGCUCUACUAGACAAUGCUAUAUUAUCAAUAUUGCAAGCACUUUGGGUAUAUUAACGCCAGCUAAGGUGGCAGGCUAUGCGGCGAGCAAGGCGGCACUGAUAGCCUUUCACCAAUCGUAUAGUUUCGAAUUGCAAAAUGAAGGCAUGAGAAAUGUUAGGACACUGCUAGUGACUUCAGGACAAUUGAAUACAAAUAUGUUUGGGGGAUUCAACCCACCGUGCCAAUUUUUUGCUCCUGUAGUAGACAUCAACAAUUUGGCCGCCAAAAUAGUUCGCUGCUGUGAACUGGGCCAGAGGGGGCAACUGAAUGAACCCUUUUAUUGCACUUUUGCUCAUCUCUUGAUGUGCGUACCUUACUCGUUGCAGCACAUUAUAAGAAGCUUCUCUCGCAUGGAUUGUUGCCUUCCAGACGAGUAG